AAGCUUGUGAUCCUCUUCCUCACAAUACUGGCGUUUAUGAGGCAGUGAUUGUCAAUCGUAAACAAAGUGGUCGCGUCGCUCAGUGGAGGUCUAAUGUCUCAAAUUAACUCUGGAGCAGACAGCUAAAGAUACUGCCAGGAUCAGGAACUUGAGGUUCUUGCUGAUUAUUCAAGAAGCUAGGUGAUGGCCAAGUUCUAGGGUAUUAUCAGUUAUUAAGGAGUGCAAUAUCAAUUGCCAUCAUGACAACCACAGAGCAAAAUGCUGUCAAUAAGUCAUGGGAACUCUCCUUGUAUGAGCUGCACAGAACACCACAAGAAGCUAUAACAGAUAAUACAGAAAUCGCUGUCUCUCCACGCUCCUUACACUCAGAACUUAUGUGCCCAAUAUGCCUUGACAUGCUGAAGAAUACUAUGACCACAAAGGAGUGCCUUCAUCGGUUUUGCCAGGAAUGUAUCAUCACAGCAUUAAGAUCUGGUAACAAAGAAUGUCCCACUUGCCGGAAAAAGCUAGUAUCAAAGAGGUCAUUACGACCUGACCCAAACUUUGACACCCUGAUCUCCAAGAUUUAUCCCAGCCGUGAUGAAUAUGAGCAACAUCAAGAACGAGUAUUUGCCAAACUCAAUAAAAAUCACAAUCAUGCCUCAUUGAUAACUUCAAUUGAAGAAGGCAUCAAGCUUCAAUUCCAAAGCCGUCAGAAAAACCGUAAAGCCAUGCAAGAUGAAGGUACCACACCUACACCCACUCCAUCAGCACCCUCUACCCCAACCCCCAGUGAGCCUCCGAGUACACCAACCACCACUCACACUAGUGGUGCAAAUACCACAACCCCCACAAAUGCUCCAACUCCCACAAAUGUUACAACACCAACAAAUGCUGCAUCUUCAACAAUAGGGCCCAAAAUGAAGAAGCCACGGAGAACAUCAGAAAAUGAAUCAGGAGCAGGAUCCAGUAACGAUGGAAACCCUGGGGAAGAGGCUGAAGGACCCAGUGAGUCUGGGGAAAUAGAGCUGGUAUUCAGACCGCAUCCACUAGAAAUGAAUGAAGAUAAUGAACUAAUCAGAGAAUUGAAGGAUUCUUCCAUACGUUACAUUAAAACAACAGCCAAUGCAACUAUUGAUCACUUAUCCAAGUACCUUGCGAUGAGACUGACUUUGGCAAACCGUACAGGAGAACUGGAGACAGAACUUCCUUCAUCACUCAACAACUUUUGUAUCUACAUUGCACCAACUCCAGAUCAGUAUAUUGGUGUUGGUGGUUCUCUAACAUUGGAGCAAAUUAAUGAGAAAUAUUGGAGAGUAAAUAAACCUAUGGAAAUGUUCUACUCAUGGAAGAAAAAUUAAUAGGUGAAAAGGACUAUGAUAAAGAUGUAUAAAAAAAAUCUACAACAAUGUUUGAUUAAUGGUAUGUAGAAGAAAAUAUGAAGUCCAUUAUAUUUACUUAAUGGCUCUUUCAAUUCUUUAGGAAAAGCGGCUGUUAGAUAACAACAUUUUAUGUUGUAGAAUUUUAUAGUUCCAAGUAAAAAAAUUAAAUAAAUAAAUAAAAUAUUAACUCUCA